AUGUCACCAUCGCUCAAUCAAGAAAACUUUGGGGACACGACAACUGAACCAGCAACAGACUCUACCACGGAUUCGACAUCGGAGGAAACAACGGAUGUAACUACAGAAACAACGACGAGAACAACGACAGAGACAACAACGGAGACAACAACGGAGACAACAACGGAGACAACUACUGAUACAACAACAACGGAUACAACAACUGAUACAACAACAACGGAUACAACAACUGAUACAACAACGGAUACAACGACAGAUACAACAACGGAUACAACGACAGAUACAACAACGGAGACAACUACAGACACAACAACAACGGAUACAACAACUGAUACAACAACAACGGAUACAACAACUGAUACAACAACGGAUACAACGACAGAUACAACAACGGAGACAACAACAACGACAACAACAACAGAAGCAACGACAGAGACAACAACGGAGACAACAACUGAUACAACAACAACGGAUACUACAACGGAGACAACAACUGAUACCACAACAACGGAUACAACAACGGAGACAACGACAGAGACAACAACUGAUACAACAACAACGGAUACCACAACGGAGACAACAACAACAACGGAUACAACGACGGAGACAACGACAACUGAGUCAACAACUGAUACAACAACAACGGAUACAACGACGGACACAACGACAACUGAGACAACAACUGAUACAACAACAACGGAUACUACAACGGAUACAACGACGGAUACAACAACGACAGAUUCAACAACAGAAACAACAACGGAGACAACGACAGAUUCAACUACAGAGGGAACAACAGAAUCACCAACAGCUAGCCAAGCCCAAUUCGUAAGAUUGUCAGAUGAAAAUGGAAAACCUUUGCUACUAAUAACACCAGCGGAUGGAAAAUCCAAACCCAAGUCUAAGGCCAAGAAUAAGGUGAAGAAAGGCGGAAAAAGAGAUUUGUAA